GACGCGGCGCUGUAAUGGCGGGCGUCGCUCUUCCUCAAGACGCUUACUUUCUUGGAUUUGACAGUUCUACACAGUCACUGAAGGCAACUGUACUGGACUCAAAUUUGAACAUUGUUCAGUCAGAGUUGAUUCGUUUUGCUUCUGACCUGCCCCAUUACCAAACCGAGGAUGGAGUAUACCGAGAACCCUCUGGAAAUGGAAGAAUUGUCUCACCCACUUUGAUGUGGGUUGAAGCUCUGGAUCUUAUGCUUCAAAAGCUCUCACAAUCAGAAUUGGACUUGGGGAGAAUUGCUGCUAUUUCUGGUAGUGGACAGCAACAUGGUAGUGUCUAUUGGAAAACUGGUAGUUCUCAGAUACUAUCAUCAUUGGACCCCGAGAAAUCACUACUUAACCAGCUCGAAAAUGCUUUUAGCACAAAGAAAUCCCCAGUGUGGAUGGACUGUAGCACCACUUCAGAGUGUAGGAAGAUUGAGGAAGCUUGUGGGGGAGCAAUGGAGUUGGCUAAAUUGACAGGAUCGCGAGCAUAUGAAAGAUGCACCGGUCCCCAAAUCAAGAAAAUAUUCAAUACGCAGCCAGAAGUUUACAAUAACACUGAGAGGAUCUCCCUUGUUAGCUCCUUCAUGGCCUCUCUUUUUAUUGGCGCUUAUGCUGCUAUUGAUCACUCUGAUGGUUCAGGCAUGAAUUUGAUGGACAUAAGGAAAAAGGAAUGGUCUAAAUUAGCCCUUGAGGCAACUGCCCCUAAUUUGCAAUCAAAACUUGGAGAGUUAGCCCCUGCAUAUGCUGUUGCUGGAAGCAUUGCUCCGUAUUUUGUAGAGAGGUACCAUUUCAACAAGAACUGCUUGAUUAUUAACUGGUCAGGGGACAACCCUAACAGUGUGGCAGGACUAACCUUGAAUGUUCCUGGAGACGUGGGGAUCAGCCUUGGCACUAGUGACACUGUAUUUAUGAUCACUAAAGAUCCUAAUCCAAGGUUAGAAGGACCUGUUUUACCUAGUCCAGUUGAUUCAGAAGGUUACAUGAUAAUGUUGGUGUACAAAAAUGGGUCCCUUACCCGUGAAGACAUACGCAACCGCUUUGCUGAGAAAUCUUGGGCCACUUUCAACAAAUUUCUGCAAGAAACCCCGCCUCUGAAUGGUGGAAAGUUAGGUUUCUACUACAAGGACCAUGAAAUCCUCCCUCCUCUCCCAGUUGGUUUCCACCGCUAUGUCAUAGAAAAUUUCACCGGUGAUUCAUUGGAUGGACUCGCUGAACAUGAAGUGCAGGAAUUUGAUGCUCCUUCUGAGGUAAGAGCAAUAAUUGAGGGUCAAUUUCUCUCAAUGAGAGCUCAUGCAGAAAGAUUUGGCAUGCCUUUUCCUCCCCAACGAAUAAUAGCCACAGGUGGAGCGUCUGCAAAUCAUUCCAUCCUUAGCACAAUCGCAUCAAUUUUCGGCUGUGAUGUUUAUACCGUGGAAAGGCCUGGAACUGAUUCUGCAUCUCUUGGAGCUGCAUUAAGAGCUGCUCAUGGCUUUCUUUGCAGCGAGAAGGGAAGUUUCAUACCCAUUUCUGACUUGUACAUGCACAAACUGAAGGAAACAUCUCUGAGCUGCAAACUUUCAGUGAAGGCUGGAGAUGAGAAGCUGGUCUCCAAGUAUGGCUUGUUCAUGAAAAAGAGAAUUGAGAUAGAGAAUCGUCUGAUCGAAAAAUAUGGACGCAUAUGAUAUUGUAUGAUGACAUAUUCAACUGUAAUUUAUUUGUACACAGCUAUGUAUGUUGAUUGGUAGUUAUAUCUGUUAAGGGAAUCAGAUCAGAAGACAAAAUCACUGUAUAUAAGGAUUCAUACUUCACAUAAUAAAGCAGACAGCUGAGUCUUGCUGAGUUGAAAUUCGCUA